UUUUGCAAUUAUUCUCCAUUUUCUUCUAAUCUCUUCCCCCUCCCUCCUAGCAAAAUUCAACUAGACAAUUCAUUCCCCCCUUUCUAUCCAACUUUUUUCUCCGCUGUGAAGCUUCCUCUCCGACAGCCCCACUUUAGGGCCCAAGAAUGGCACAAGAGUUAACCCUAGGGAUUUUAAUUGACGUCGUCGACGACGAAUGGAUGAGAGAUACUCUUCCUGACGAUGAUCUCGCAUUACCCCCAUCACUCGUCCCUCGGAAUGAUGAUGCUGAAGAUUCCAAUCAUGAGGCACCACAAGCGGAUGGAGAUAUUUGGCAUGAUCUUGCACUUGGGUCAACUCAGUAGUACAGAUGUUGUCUAACUGUAUCUUUGUUACACAUCUUCUAAUAUUUCAAAUUUCAUUACAAAUGUUAUUAGCCUUAUGUUAUCUUACCCUAAGGUGGUGUUUUUUUUUUUGAGAUUACAUUGCUUUCUUUAUAUAACUGUUUUGAAUUAGAGCCACAAGAUUCAGCGAUA